AUGAGUCCGCACAAGAGUCACAACAUCGGAUACAAAUUCACGAAGCCUUUUUUGGGUUCGUUAUUGGCUUUGGCUGAGAGGUCUCCUCCCGAGAAUGAAGUCAUCUUUGAGAGGAACUAUGGAAAGAUACUAGGUAUUCUGGACUCGUCUCUGACAGUAUAUCAGGAGAGGGGUGUCCACACUCUCUUGCAGUUCUACAAUUCACCUUUGCGUUGCUUCACUUUUGUUGACUUUCAGUUGAUGCCUACCUUGGAAGAGUAUUCGUAUCUAAUGGGAGUUCGGGUCGAACAUCGGGUUUCGUUCCAAAUCAAUAUGGGUGUUCCAUCGUCUAAUCAGUUAGCGCCUACUCUUUAUUUGAGCAAGUCAUGGGUGGAAGCUAACCUUGAAUCUAAGGCUAGCCAUUCUGGUUUCUAUGUGGAGCCUCUACUGAAUAAAGCACAUGUUGCUGCUGUUCAAGGGGUUUGGAAAGAUUUCAAUAUUCUUUUGGCCUUGUGCGUAUACAGGAUAGUCUUGUUUCCCAAUGUACCUGAUUUCAUGGACAUCAACGCCAUCCGCAUCUUUAUGGUGGGGAAUCCUGUUCCCACUUUCUUGGGAGAUGUGUACCAUUCAGUGCAUUCCAGAAACCACAAGGGAAGAGGAGGUGUUGUGAAUUAUUGCAUUCCAUUAUUGUACAUGUGGUUCAAGAAUCAUUUGCCUUGCAAGGGAGCAUUCGUAGCUACUUGA